AUGAAGGAUGCUGGUGAUCAAUCUCAGUCGACACAGGAGGCUAGUGAAGAUGAAGAAGAUUUCAUGUCGGACAAAUAUAUCAUCGAGGCUGCAAAGGUUGAUCGGAUUGGCGUAAGAGAUGGUGAUAAAAGCAGCAGGAAUGAAGGGUAUACAGAGCAAAGGCGGAGAAAGCUGAAUGAUGAUUACGAUCGUGGCAAGAUCUUGCCUAGAGCGCAACGAGAGAGAGAAGCAAGACAGAAGGGCCUGGCCAAGAAUCUAUUUGGCGAGUUCGACGAGGAAGAAGAAACUGCUUCGACAUCCAACAAAAGGAAGGAUAAAGCAAUGCGUACGAUGCUAGCUAUGGGCUUCAAGCCGGGCGAAGCACUUGAACCUGCAAUUCCUACUUCGAAGCCACUUAUAGACCCACUGAAUAUUGAUGAACGAUGGCUCGAUCCACGUAACAAACGAUCAGGCAUUGGUAUUGCACCACGAGUUCAAUCAGCCACUGCUGCUAUCAGUAAAGAUAUCGAUCGAGCUAUUGAUCAUGAAAAGAAUGCAAGUUCAAACAUCGAAGAAGACUUCCGGAUUCGUAAUAGAGCAGCCCAAGAAGGAAGACAUAACGAAGCUCUCUUGGUCACCGCGCGAAAGACUUGUCAGGAAUUGGAUAGUCUGCCGCCAUACAGUAUGACAUAUUCACCGUUAUGGAUCAAUCCUGAAGCGCUUAAAAAGUCAAAACAUGAUUUGCCGGUUCAUAAAGACGAAGAGAAGCAAAGCUCUUCCCUCCCCGGAGACGAUGAUCCCAUCGAGCAGCAAGACGAGGAAAAGCAAGUCGCCGUCAAACGUGCAGAUGACGCUCGACGAUUCUGCUUCCUUCCAUCAAAGGCUCGACUGCAAAUCACUCUUUCCCAUCUCAAACGUGCUCACCACUAUUGCCUUUAUUGUGGACAUCGUUAUGCAAGUGAAGAAGAGCUCGAUUCGCUUUGCCCUGGUGAGGAUGAAGAAGAUCACUAG